AUGUCUGUAUCUCGAUAAGUGUCUGUGAAAAAUUUUUGAUAAUUUCAUUCGUAGAAUAUUAUAUUAUUUAUUAUAAUAUAUUAACCGUUAUUAUUUAUUCAAUAAAAAUAUUUUUUAUUGAAGAUUAAACAAAGAUUAUAACAUAAAACAUUAAAUAUGUCGAUGGAAACAGUUCCGAAAGAAUUACGUGGAUUAAGAGCAUGUUUAGUAUGUUCUUUGGUUAAGACAUUUGAUCAAUUUGAAUUCGAUGGUUGCGAUAAUUGCGAUGAAUUUUUACGUAUGAAAAAUAAUAAAGAUAAUGUUUUUGAUUGUACCAGUUCUAAUUUUGAUGGUAUGAUUGCAGCAAUGAGUCCUGAGGAUAGUUGGGUAUGCAAAUGGCAAAGAAUAAAUCGAUUUUGUAAAGGUGUGUAUGCAAUAUCAGUAUCAGGUCGAUUGCCAGCAGGUGUUAUAAGAGAGAUGAAAAGCAGAGGAAUAGUGUACAGACCACGAGAUACAAGUCAACGAUAAUUUCAAAAUUGUAAGAUCACUACUGUAUUUUUUUUUUUAAUAUUAUUUAAUAGAAUAAUCUAAUUACUUAUUUCAUAAUUUGCACUAAGAAUUUUAUAAGAUCUUCACGAAAAUAUUAUAUUUGAUUUGAUUGAUAUGAACUUUUGUUCAGAUUUUCAGAAUUCUAUUGAAAUUCUUCCAACCUUUUUGACUAUAUUUAAGAUUUUUGUAAGAUUUGUUCGCGAUUUUUUUGCUUUUUUUCUAAUUUCAAAAGAUUAUAGUAUAUUAAUAUUUCCUCUAAAUUUUUUGAUAUCUGUACAGUUUUUAAAAGAACUAAUUAAUACGAUUUUGAAAAUGUUCGAUUUUUAAAGAAUAUGUACAAUUUUCGUGAAAUUCUUUUUCUUAUCAUAAACAUUUUCCAGAUUUUUUAAAACCGCGUUUAUAUUGGAUAAUUUUUAAAAAUGUUAAUGUUUGAUUUUCUAAUCAUUAAUUAAAUAUAAAGUUAGUUCACUCUGAUUUUCUAUAAAUUUUCAUAGUAAAUUAAUAUGCGUACAUUAAAAAAUUUUUGAACGCAAUUUUUUGUCUUUUUUCUCUACAGAUCAAUAUCAAAUAUGAUUGUUACCUGGACAUGUGUUCGAAUGAGAAUAAACGGGAUGCCGCAUCACGGGCAAAUUACUAUUUACACAAUUAAGCCAUAGAUUUGCACAAGUAACGUGAUAAUUAUUCUCGUUAUAUAUUACUCUGCCGCUGGUAAUAACUGUUAAACAAAGUGAGCAACAAAUGGCUUCUCCUUGAUGUAAAGGCCAAGCUGGUAAUUCCGUAACGAUCUGAAAUUUAUUAUAAAAACGUACAAAUUUUAAUGUAUAAAUUAUAUAAUAAUUGUAUAUAAUAAUUGUAUGUAAUGUAAUUGUAUAAUAAUUAUAAUAAUAAUAAUAUAAUAUAUAUUAUUAUAAUAUAUAUUAUUAUAAUUAUAAUAUAAUAAAAUAAUAAUGUAAUUGUAUAAUAAUUGUAUAAUAAUUGUAUAAUAAUUGUAUAAUAAUGUAUAAAUUUUUGUACAAUAAACUUUGAAUUAAUAAAAAUUAA